CAGUUGUUAGAAGCUUAAAAGCGUUCCCUCGGGAUGAGAUGAAAGCAAACAGCCAUGUCAGCCCUGAGGACUCUAGCUUUUCUAGCUUUAGUUGGUGUUUCCAGCAGUCAGACUUCAGACUGCUCAUACGUUGGUCUUCUGACACAUUUGAACCUGACGACAACUAAUGAUCUUCUGGCAACCAUGCGACCCGUGAAGAGCUGGACUACACCCACCCUGGUUCAGCUGGACAUGUUGUUGUACGGGAUUUUAGAAGUGGAUGAGAAGACUCAGACAGUCACCACUCACAUCUGGGUCGAAAUGCGUUGGACUAAUGAAUUCCUAACCUGGAAUCCAGAAGACUUCUGUGAGGUUAAUGUGCUGACUGUUCCACAAUCCAAGCUGUGGUUGCCAGAUGUACAAAUCCUAGAGGAUGUCUCUGAUACUAGCAGUAUUCACAGAAGUUCAGUCGUCAAUUUGUAUCCCAACGGCACGCUGUCAGCACCCGCACGACAGCGGAUGACCUCCACCUGUUGGCUGAAUCUCCUCAUGUUCCCCUUUGACACACAAGAGUGUAACAUCACAUUUUCAUCUAUCAACUCAGACGGCAGCGCUAUACAACUGGGGUCAGUCAACACUGACAAAACCCUUACUCUCAUCUCUGAGAAGUUAAUGAUUACAAAAGGAGAAUGGGAACUCACCAAAAUGGAAAUAAUUGUAUUUAAUGGUACCAAAACAACUGGAAGAAGACACGAACUCACAUACAAGGUCAUAAUCGCAAGGAAGCCGAUGCUUUAUGUGAUCAAUUUAAUCAUUCCCCUGCUCUAUUUUCUGGUUCUGGAUUUCGCCUCAUUUUUCAUCAGUGAGGACAGAGGUGAAAAGCUAAGCUUCAAAGUGACUAUACUCCUGUCCAUCUCCGUCAUGCUGCUGAUUCUAAAGGAUAUUUUGCCCUCCACUGAAAAAAAGCUGCCAUGGAUUGCCAGCUACUGCGUUGCGAUCUUCACCAUUGUGGGGUUGAGCGUCCUGGAGGCCAUGCUGGUGGGCUACCUAUAUGACCUCGAUGGUUGCUGCUGUAAGACAGCUCAAAGCCCUGCUGACGCCCAAGUAGAUAUUCAACUGGAAGACAACAAUCCGAAAGAGCCUGCUGGAGCAAAAUAUAUCCCUGAGAAAAGUUCCCUUCCUCUAGAUAGGCUCAAUGGUUAUGACCUGCUGAAACUGAUCCUGGAAAAGGUGAAGGCAACCCAACAGGAAGUUGAAGAACAAAACAAAGACCAGAGAAAGCCCGGACGCUGCAGAAGAGCGGCUGUAAUCAUAGACAGUGUCUUCUUUGCCCUUUAUUUUUUAACUGAUUUAGUUUUUUUGUCAUACAUGAAUACACACUGGUUUUCAGCAAUAUAUUCUUAUUGAUAAUAAGUAAUGGGUGCAUAAUCUGCCAGUGCAUGCUCUUAAAUCUGACUAUAAUGAUCUUUUUAACGUAUAUUAUUAUCACCAUUUCUAACCUUUAAAUGAUUGAUUUUCACUUUUCGUGCUCUUUGAAUAUACUACCUUUUUGUUAUUUUUUCAAGUGGUGUAAUGAUCCAAAUGAUCUUUUGUAGACAUUAACGUACAGCCUUUAUUCAAAAUAUAGACUAUGAAAAUGAUUGUAUGUACAGCAUUGGAAUUCAUAUUAAUAUGAAUUUCUUUGGGGAGUAGUGAACUAUGUGUUACUUAACUAGAAUUUAACUAUAUUUUGCAGUAGCUUAGUGGUAGUUCAACCACAUUCUUUUUUAGAGAGUGAUUUAAGUAAUUGAAAAAAAUAAAUAGUGAACAACUGAAAACAACUUUGGGAUAAAACACAAAAAAGUGAGAAAAAUAUAAAAUACAUCAAAUAACAAAAUACAGAGGUUUAUGUUUAUACAAAAUCAUUAAAGUCAUUAUAUAUAAAUCAUCAAAAUCAUUGAAAAUAAGUUAUUUAGCACAGGUUCCUUGUCUUAUUUGUGCUAGGAUUAUAUUAAAAUAUACUUUAUAAUUUGUUGUGAUAACCUUGGCAGCACGGAGGUCCGUGUUUGCAUAUAAGUGUUGUCAUAUAAUGUUUAGUGGUGCUUUACAAACUUUUCUGCCGUGUAAGGUUAACUGGUUUUAAAAACAAUACAUGCCCCUUUUGUUUGAUUUGAAGUUGCACCAAGUUCAAAAUAAUGCUUGCAGUAAUGACUCACCAAUAUAAACUUUGUUAUGAUUCAGUAUACUUUUUGGGUGUCAUUGUAACAAUAAAAAAACCCAGCAGAAAACAAUGAACACUGCAUUCAUG